AUGUACGGGCUGCUGUGUGAAAGUCUUCAUGACUUCAUUAAAGAGUCGUACGGUGAUGAUGUGUGGAACCUGGUCAGAGAGAGAGUCGACGUCAGACUGCACUCCUUUGUAACUCAUCAGGUCUACAGGGAGAGUGUGAUUCCUCGUAUCGCUAAAGCAGCGAGUGGCGUCACAGGAACUCCUUAUAAUGAGCUCACGAACUCAUGGGGGGUAUAUUUCCAGGGAUUUGUGGGGAAAUAUGGAUAUGACAGAAUCAAAUUCAGGUUUGUGUGGGUGUUAGGCCGCCAUGUGUGUGACUUUGUGAAUGGUCUGGAUAACCUGCAUGAGUACCUGCGCUUCAGUUACCCAAAAGUCCAGCCGCCGACCUUCUUUUGCCAGGAGGAAUCGGCUACAGGAGUUACACUGCAUUACAGGUGUCAAACGCAAGGUUACCUGCACUACGCCAUGGGUCAGCUCAGACAGAUGGGAAAACAGUUCUACGACACUGACAUCCAUGUUGAGGUUUUGUCUGAGCAGCUGGUGGGAGAUUAUUCACACGUCACCAUGAGAUUAAACUUUGAUAACUCUGCGUAUCGAUAUAUUCAGAAAGAAGAUGAAGAGGAACAAGAGAUCCUUCCCAUCACCAGUGACUUUUUCUUUGAAGUUUUUCCCUUCAACAUCGUGUUCAGACAGAAAGAAGAUGAAGAGGAACAAGAGAUCCUUCCCAUCACCAGUGACUUUUUCUUUGAAGUUUUUCCCUUCAACAUCGUGUUCAGACAGAUCAUCUCUCAUCCCAACAACCUGUUUGAGAUCAUGUCUAAGGAGCCGGUGAAACGAGAGAGGAACCUUCACAACAGAGUGCAGAACUCUGAUUAUGAGAACGCCAGUCGCUCAGCAGAUGUGGACGUGGAGCUGAUGACCCAUGGAAACAGCGCUAAUGCAAUGGAGAGCUGGGGUGAUGGUAGCCGCUGCCUGAAACUGAAGGGUCAGAUGAGAUACAUGCCAGAGUGGGAGUCUAUCAUCUUCCUGGAUACUCCAGUCAUGGAGAGUUUAAGUGCCAUGUUUAAGACAGGUCUGUACAUCAAUGACCUGAGCAUGCAUGACUCGAGCAGAGAUCUGGUGCUGGCAGGAACUCAGCAGUCUGAAGAGCUCAAGAGAGCCCUCAUACAGGAGCAAAAGAAAUCCAGUAAACUAGAGGAAAGCAUGAAAAUGUUGGACUACGAGAUGAAAAAGACAGAUGAUCUUCUGUACAGAAUGAUUCCCAAACCUGUUGCUAAGCGACUGCGGAAGGGAGAACCAGCUGUGAACACCUGUGAGGUGUUUCCUGAUGUGACAAUCCUGUUCAGCGAUGUGGUGGGCUUCACUCGCAUUUGCAGUCAUAUUACACCCAUGCAGGUGGUCUCCAUGCUCAACACCAUGUACACGCUCUUCGACACGCUCAGUGAGAAACACUGAGUAUUUAAGGUUGAAACUAUAGGUGAUGCCUACAUGGUGGUGGCAGGCGCUCCAGAAAAGACGAAGUAUCAUGCUCACAAUAUUUGUGACAUGGCUCUAGAUAUGGUUCGUUCUAUUGACCAUCUCAGAGACCCGUCCAAUGGAAACAACAUCCAGAUUCGAGUGGGAAUUCACUCUGGUAUGGUGGUCGCUGGGGUCGUAGGUCACAAGAUGCCUCGCUACGGUCUUCAUGGUGAUACAGUCCACACGGCUUCUGCCAUGGAGAGCAAACAGAUACAGGAAGUGCCUGUAAUACCAAUUUUCUAG